AUGCUUAGAGACAGAUUGGAAACGAAUGAGGGAUUUUGCCGGAAGAAGAUCAAGAAGAUAGGGCAGGUCAAGCAGAAUGUGGCAGUUGUCCCUAAGAAGAAUGUAGGAGUUCAGGAAGAGAAACCGAGAGGUGGUACUUGCUCUGAGGGAAAACAGCCUGAAACAGUCACUGUUAGAACACAGUAUGUUGGCAAUCCUGUGGUUGAUUACAAGAUAUGGGUUAGUAAGGAGGUGCAGAAAGGAGAAGUAAAAAUGAUGGAUGAGAAGUUAGAGGAUAUGAUCAAGAGGUAUUGGGAAGACUAUGAUUAUUCAGGAAACAAUAUGAAUAAUGGAGGGAGAAAUAGAAUUGUAGUUCUGUGGAAGCGGGAUGAAGUGCAGAUUACAGUUCAUAGAAAGGAGGAGCAAUUUGCCCAUUGUAAGUGA